UCAGAUCUUUCGAGAUUUAUUCAAAAAAAAAUUUAAAUACUUGUGUUCGGGUUGUAGGUUUGAGUUUGUUGCUGGUUGAAGGCUGUGUUUUCGUUUGUUUUCGCGUAAUUUUAGUUCACUCUCAGUUUUGUUAUCCAUAAGGCUCAAAGUCACCAUGGAUUCCGAAUUUGCCUACUUGCGCCAUCGGGACAGCAGCGUGACCAUGAUUAGGAUCAAAAUGUCCCGCAGACUGAGUCAGAACCAGAAGGAGAAUCGAGAGCGCUUUCUGGACGCACGAAGACAGCUGGAGAAUCUCCAGGAACAAGAAAUGUUACGUCUGGAUGAAAUGACCCCGACCAAGACGUCUCCGAAGAAGGCGAUGAUGGAGAUCAAUGAAAAAUCUGCGAAAAACAAAGCCAUGGAAGAGAAACUCAAACAGCUUGCGCGGUGGAAAGAGAGAAAGGCCCUCGAGAAAGAAAAACAAAAGCAAGAGAGGGAACGGAAGGGGGUGUUUAAGACUGGCCUGUAUCGUCCCAAAGACACCGUUUUCAUGAAGUGUCCGGGACCGCCAGCCUCAACCAAACCAAAGGAGACUAAAAUAAACACGGUCCCGUCGGAGAGCAGCAGAAUCACCCGUUCAAUGAAGCAGCAGCAGCAAUCGCAGGAGAAUCCUCUGAAGGUUCACAAUCCAAAUACGGCAGCUAAGAAAGGUCCACCUGCUGCUCUGAGGCCAAUCAGGGGCGCCGCUACUAGAUCGGCCAACAGGCUUCUAACGGCAGCUCCCGCAGUGAAAAAGCAACCGAGCGACAAAUCUCCUGAUCAGAGAAUCACAAGGCGCAGAGCCGUCGCCCCCCCUUCGCCGCAACCCUCCACAAGCAGAAAGAACUGCGCAGCUAACAAGCAUGACGUCCUUCAAGCUGCGCCCAAGGGAAGCACUUCGGUGCGGGACAGCGUGGAGCCAGGGGAGGAUCCUCACCACCUCAAAGAGGAGAAUAUAGCGAGGGGCACAAAACUCGCCGAGGAGCCCUCCUCAUUCGCCCCCGAGGGCUUUGUGUUCCAAGCGCCCGCCGGGUUGAAGGCCUUCAACUAUGCGCCCCUCAGCCCUCGCUCCGCAGAUCUAUUUCUCGCCCCGAGGAUCGUUUUGCCGCGCCUGACGCUCCCACGCCUCCCUCCCCCUGCUGCCGAAACACCCGGUGGUCACCGUCAGACUGAGCCGCCGAGUAAAUCUCCUUGCCGCCCUGCCGCUCCCCUCACGGCGGCUUCUCCCAUCCCGAGCAGCCCCCUCAAAUCGAAGCCUGACGUGUCGUACUUUAGAUCGGAGAUGGCUAACGAGACAGACCGACUGACAACGUUGUGUGCGACGUGGGAGAGUAAAAUGGAUGAUGAGUCAGUCCCUGAAGAAAUGAGAGGCUGCAUACGUACAACCGUGGGCCAGGCCAAGCUGCUCAUGAGAGAGCGUUUCAACCAGUUCCGCGGCCUGGUGGACGACUGCGAGCUGGGCCGAGGGGAGAAGAUCACGACCUGCAGUGACCUGCAGGGCUUUUGGGACAUGAUUUAUUUCCAGGUUGAUGACGUACGCAGGAAGUUUGACGACCUCAAAGAGGCAGAGGGACGAGGCUGGGUGAAGGAACACCAGCCGCCGCCACGGCAGAGGAAAGCAGUCAAGAAACCAGCAGGAGAUCCUGCCAAACCAGCGGUUUCCAAGGCGGCGGUCAAGUCUCGGCUAGCUGCGGCGAAGGCAGCCAUGAGAGCCCAAAUGGAGGCGGCCAAUGCGGAGAAGGCCGCGGGCGAUGCGGUAGACGAGCGCGGUUCGUCCUCGCAAGUCGCAAAACGCCAGUCCGAUGCCGUGGUCUUCGACGGAGGCUUCUUCCGUGUGGAGAGCCCGGCCAAGACGCCAGGGUGUGUAAGAAGAUCAAGCCGCCUGAGUGCUGCCGCCGCACUUCCGCGAGCCACUCCCCACUCAGGCCAUGCCACACCAAGAUCGGUACCAAGAUCGGUCCUUCGCCGGUCCCGUGCGUCGGGACAGACGCCCGGCACGCCGCUUCAGUCCAAAUGCACGCUCUCUCCUCCCGGCCGAACCCCCGACGCGACCUCGAUGUGUUCGCCCGAGUCGGUGCCCGUCACCCCUCGGCCCUCCGGAAGAGACGCCGACCCGGCUCCGUGUUUCAGCCCUGGCGUGGGUGAACCUUCAGGCGGCGCGCAACUGAAAGAGCCCCCACGAGUUCAAUUUGAGCAGUUGACUCUUCAGAAAGCAGUUUUGCGCACUGUCACCCCAGCACGUCCCCUGCUAACCUCACAAUCACCACAGGACAAGACAGCCGAAGCAUCCUUGCUGCUCUUCACGCCAAACCCCAAGGACAAGAUACGCCCGUCGACUUGCCCGAGUGACCUGAUGUACUUCACUCCGCCGCCCUAAUUGCAAAACCAGUUGCUUUUUUUUUUUGUUGUUGUUGUUCUCUCCGGUGAGAUUAAUUUCUUGGUCAUCACAUUAUAUGAAGGAGGGCAACAGCAGGGAAGAAUAUAUGUUUAAAAAAGUGAUGGAUUUUAUGACUCCAAGCAUCCAGUUCACGGUCUUGGGCCAGGGUUUGAUGCCACUGACGUGCCAGUGCUGUAAGGAAAAUAGCUGAAUUAAUAUAUGCGUGGUGUAGCUACCUUAAAUUAGGGCUGUGUGACAGAUUUUGAUUCAUUUGUUAACACUUAAAAGUACAUAUACAUACAGCUUCUACUGUACUGCUCAUACUAACGUGACUUUUUUUUUUUAUAACGUGAAGCUAGAUUACAAGACCAAAGUCGGUGUUUCCCAUUUGGGGAUUUUGGUCGCUAUAUUCCGUCACCUUUCCGAACUCUAGUGAGUGCAUUUCAGAAAAGCGGCUAGUGAGUUUUAAUCCCAGUUAAUUAAAGGAAAAUUCCGGUGACAACGUGAUGUUAAAUCCUCUCUCAUUUAAUAGUGUUUUGAGGAGAUUUUUAUGGACACCAUUUUCGCAAAUCACAUGACCUACGUGCGCGAAUGUGACGUGGUACGUGUCGUUCCAGACGCUUGAUGACUUGGGACACUUUUUCUGUCCAGCGCUGAUUUCUCAGAUUUAUCCUCAUCUGAUGAAGAAGUAGCAGUAUCGGUUGAUCGGGAAGAUGGAGGAAUACUUCCACACAGAUUUCAACUUGUGGCUGUAAAUAAUUUAGACUAUUCGGCUGGUUCUUCGGGAGGAAUGAUGCAGAGUCUGACGAGCUCGAUCCCCCACGAGUGAGCUCUGCCGGGUGACGGAGUUGUGAGCUUGCUUGCCGGCGAGCGAGCUCACGGCUCCGCUGCUCGCCACUCGGGAGCUCGCUCAUCAGACUCGGCGUCAUUCCGCCCAACGGAUCAUCCGAAUAUUCAACAUUAUUUAGAGCCACAGGUUCAAAUCUGCACGGAAGUAUUGCUCCGCCUUUCCGAUCAACUGAUACUGCUAUUUCUUAAUCAGACGAGGAUAAAUCUGAGGAAUCAGCGCUGGGCAUCAUGGCGACCCAUGUAAUCAGUGUUUGGAACGGCACAUAACACCUCACAUCCGCGCAUGUAGGUCAUGUGAUGCGCAAAAAUGGCGGCGCGCCUGAAAAUACGUAAUUGCUGAUAUCCUAGAUGUAGAUCUCCUCAAAACACUAUUAAAUGAGAGAAUGAUUUAACAUCACAAGAUAGAGUACAUAUUACAUGAGCUAUUGGAUACAUUGUUACUCCAAACCACCGGAAUUUUCUUUUAAUAAAGCACAGUGUUGUAAAGUUAGUGUUAGUAUUUUCAGCAACGCUGCUCUGGCCAUGACUCGUUUUCCAAAAAGGGUCAAUAGUGAGUUUAAUUCACGCAUUUAUUUUUACGAAAGAAUUGUAUUUUCACAGUUGAUGCAACUUGAUGCUUGUAAAAAAAAAUUGAUCAGAAGAAAUAAAAUGUUUUGAUAGAA